CAUUAUUACUGGCAAGGUGCACAGAGAUUGGAAAAAGUUCAGAGAAUUCCAAGUUGAAUUGCUGACUUUGCCAAUAUUUCUGACAUCAUGUUUUUCUACCGAGGGAUUUUUAUUUUGUGCUUUAUUGCCGUUUCCGUGAAUGCCCAAAGUGGGUGGUGUGAUCCGAAACUAUGUUCAGGUGGACAAAAACACGUCGCGUGCAUGUCCGGUAACCCUCAAUGGGCUCCGAGUUGUGAUGAUCCAGAACAAAUCAAAAUGACACCCAAGUUGAAGCGAAUUAUUUUGGAAGAGCACAACAAAUUGCGAAAUCAACAAGCACUUGGGCAAACAUCCGGAUAUAAAGCAGCCACACGCAUGGCCACCAUGACAUGGGACGAUACGCUGGCCUCACUGGCCGAACUGAAUACAUUACAGUGUGAAAUGGAACAUGAUAAAUGCCGAAACACAUACGAAUUCACUUUGGCCGGUCAAAAUUUGGCUGAAAAUGGUGACAAAACGGGCGUUGAAAUUGCCAGGUGGGCUCCCGGCUAUUGGUUUGAAGAAUGGUCACUUGCUGAAUCGAGCGACAUCACAGAAUACAAACGAUUAUCAAAUGACCAGGGUGACUGGAUUGCACACUUCACGCAAAUUGUGAAAGAUAGUGCGCACAAAGUGGGCUGUGGAAUAAGUAAAUUCAACGAAGGCAAAAGGCGAAAAUCUCUGAUUGUCUGCAACUAUUCCAUAGCGAAUAUUAGCAAAAAGCCAACUUAUACUGUAGGUUCCGCAGCAUCAGGGUGUAAAACCGGUUCAAACCCAGAUUUUGCAGGACUAUGUAGUGUAAACGAAAAAUACGAUUGAAUUUAUAGAUUUUAUCUUCUAUACUUCUACUUCUUUGCCCAUAAAAUAUGAAAGAAAUAUAAUCAAGUGUCAUCGAAAAUAAUUUCAGCUCCGGUAUUAUUUUUUUCGCGUUUCCAAGGUAAGGAAACACCAUGAAUCAUUUCUAAUCAUGCAUGUUAUUGCUAUUCAUGGUACAAAAGUUAUUGCAAGUCAUCAGCUUUUGCAACCAAGAUAGUUCUCGUAUGAUCAGCCGAUUUUUUUACUCUUUUUU